GUACCACCCUUCCUUCCUGUGGUGGUGGGCAGGGUCGCCUCUGUUGACAAACAUUUAUUCUCGCUCUGGGGCUGAGGUUUUUUUUUCAUUUCGCGAGCCGCCAAAUAAACGCUCGGUUAAGUUUAAAUACACAGGACAGCGCACGAGAGGAUUAGUGUUCGGUGUUGAUGUAAACGCAAGUAUGGGUUGCUGCCUGACUGUCGGACCAAAUGAAGCGCUCGUUGUGUCAGGUGCCUGCUGUGGGUCAGACGAAAAGACGUAUGUGGUGGGAGGCUGGGCUUGGGCAUGGUGGCUUAUAUCAGACACACAGAGAAUUACGCUAGAGAUUAUGACACUACAGCCUAAAUGUGAAGACGUGGAGACAGCGGAGGGAGUCGCUAUUACAGUUACAGGAGUUGCUCAAGUCAAGGUUAUGACUGACAAAGACUUGCUGGCGAUUGCCUGUGAGCAGUUUCUGGGAAAGUCUGUCAUGGAAAUCAAGGCUGUGGUCCUGCAAACCCUGGAGGGACAUCUGCGUUCUAUCUUAGGCACUUUGACAGUGGAGCAGAUCUACCAGGAUAGAGAUGAGUUUGCUCGGCUGGUGAGGGAGGUGGCAGCUCCUGAUGUGGGCCGGAUGGGUAUUGAGAUCCUCAGCUUCACUAUAAAAGAUGUCUAUGAUAAGCUGGACUACCUGAGCUCUCUUGGAAAAACUCAGACAGCGGCUGUACAAAGGGACGCUGACAUCGGAGUGGCCGAGGCAGAGAGGGAUGCUGGGAUUAGAGAAGCUGAGUGCAAGAAAGAAAUGAUGGACGUGAAGUUCUUGGCCGACACUAAAAUGGCCGACUCCAAGCGAGAGCUGGAGCUGCAGAAAGCUGCUUUCAAUCAAGAAGUGAACACUAAGAAAGCCGAGUCUCAGCUGGCCUAUGAACUACAGGCAGCUAAAGAGCAGCAGAAGAUCAGAUUGGAGGAGAUCGAAAUCGAGGUUGUGCAGAGGAAAAAGCAGAUCUCCAUUGAGGAGAAAGAGAUUGAGAGGACAGAGAAGGAGCUGAUUGCGACGGUCAAGCGUCCUGCUGAAGCAGAGGCUUACAAGAUGCAGCAGCUGGCUGAAGGACAGAAGUUGAAGAAAGUGCUGACUGCUCAGGCCGAGGCAGAGAAGAUCAGGAAGGUCGGAGAAGCGGAGGCCAUCUCUAUCUCAUCUGUGGGGAAGGCCGAGGCCGAGAGAAUGAGGCUGAAGGCGGAGGCCUACCAGCAGUACGGAGAGGCCGCCAAGACUGCCCUCGUCCUGGAAGCACUUCCCAAGAUCGCUGGAAAGGUGGCAGCUCCUCUGGCCAGGACCAAUGAGAUUGUCAUUCUGAGUGGAGACGGCAGCCGCGUGACCGGGGAGGUGAACCGUCUCCUCGCUGAGCUGCCCGUGUCCGUGAACGCACUCACGGGUGUGGACCUGUCCAAGAUCCCUCUGUUGCAGAAGAUGACAGGUGCUCAAGCAUAAAGUCAAUCAGUUGCGUCUCCUCCAUAAUAUGUUGUAUGCACUCACAGAAACUGCCUUUAGAAGACUUGGAAAUCUUUUUUUUUUUUUUUUUU